UCAACCAGUAAUCACCAUCGUCUCUCACACUGCCAUGGUCCCUCAGACCGACAAAACCACCAACGGCGCUUCCUAUUUUCCACCGGGGGUGAAACUUUAAAGCCCGAAAACAAAGCCAUGCUGCUGGACGCUACAACCCCGCGGAUAUAAGCGACAUUGAAGACCAGAAAGUAGCUACCACCACACGGAAACCACAAAGAAGAAGCAGUCGGUGUGUUUUUUUUCACGCUCGGAGGGAAAGACGGCAUCCGGCCUGAGAAGAAGCUCCGAGGUCGGGGACUCCGGUCGGAGCAACGCUCAUCGUUUCUGGCCUCCCCUUCCCGAGAGCUCAAUGGAGAAGAUGAAGCGGUUCAAGCGACGUCUCUCUCAGACCCUACGAGGCAGCCACACCAUCGACGAGUCGCUGUCUGAGCUGGCUGAGCAGAUGACCAUUGAGGAAAACGGCCUGAAGGACAGCGAGCCCAUAGUGAGGAAUGGCCGCCCUGCAUCGGCCCACAGCGUCCACUCCUUCCUCCACCAGUAUACAGGCUCCUUUAAAAAGCCACCACUGCGGCGGCCUCAGAGCGUCAUCGGAGGAGGCCUAGGCUCUCUCAUGGUCAUGCCUCGCAACGGCAGUCGGCUCGAUAUCGUCCAUGAGAACUUGAAGAUGGGCUCGGAUGGGGAGAGUGACCAGGCGUCGGGGACUUCCUCUGAUGAGGUGCAGUCGCCCACGGGUGUUUGUCUGAGGAACAGAGGGAACAGACGCAUCUCUGCAGAGGACCUGAACAAACGUCUGUCCCUGCCGGCCGACAUCCGGAUACCUGACGGUUACCUGGAGAAGCUGCAGCUGAGCAGCCCGCCCUUCGACCAGCCGCUGAGCCGACGCUCCCGCAGAGCAUCACUGUCAGAAAUUGGAUUUGGGAAGCUGGAGACUUACAUCAAACUGGACAAACUGGGGGAGGGCACCUACGCAACAGUUUUCAAGGGGAGGAGUAAGCUGACAGACAACCUUGUGGCGCUGAAGGAGAUCAGACUGGAGCACGAGGAGGGAGCACCAUGCACGGCUAUCAGAGAAGUGUCGUUACUGAAGGACCUGAAACACGCCAACAUUGUGACGCUGCAUGAUAUCGUCCACACAGACAAGUCACUCACGCUGGUCUUCGAGUACCUGGACAAAGACCUGAAGCAGUACAUGGACGACUGUGGGAACAUCCUGAGCAUGCAGAAUGUCAAGAUUUUUCUGUUCCAGAUCCUGCGAGGCUUAGCGUACUGUCACAGGCGGAAAGUUCUCCACAGAGACCUGAAGCCCCAGAAUCUGCUCAUCAACGACAGAGGAGAACUCAAACUGGCUGACUUUGGCCUGGCGAGGGCCAAGUCUGUGCCCACUAAAACAUACUCUAACGAGGUGGUGACGCUUUGGUAUCGGCCCCCCGACGUGCUGCUGGGCUCCUCUGAGUACUCCACACAGAUAGACAUGUGGGGUGUGGGCUGUAUAUUCUAUGAGAUGGCUGCCGGCAGGCCCCUGUUCCCAGGCUCCACAGUGGAGGACGAGCUGCACCUCAUCUUCAGGCUGCUGGGCACUCCCACAGAAGACAGCUGGCCUGGAAUAUCCUCCAUCGACGAGUUCAAGUCCUACAAGUUCCCCAAGUACAAGGCCCAGCCCCUCAUUAACCACGCACCCAGGUUGGACACUGAUGGCAUUGACCUGCUGAUGUCAUUCCUAAAAUACGAGUCAAAAAAGAGGAUCUCUGCUGAUGAAGCAAUGAGACAGCCAUACUUCAGGAGCCUGGGGCCACGUGUGCACACACUGCCAGAGAGCAUAUCCAUAUUCACACUGAAGGAGGUCCAGCUGCAGAGGGAUCCCGGCUACCGGAACUCAUCGUACCCCGAGUCAGGCAACGGAAAGAGCAGAAGACAAAGCAUGCUGUUUUAGAUUCUCUGGACUGUAUUUUUUUAUUUGGGAAGGAUCUCCUAGCUGUACAGUCUCGCCGAUGGAUCAGUAACCUGAGAUGGAUGUUGGCGUGGAGCAUCAUCAUCGUCAUCAUCAUCACUCCCCCCAAACAACUUGGGAAACUUGUCCAUAGUGCGACUGACCCCUUGUCCAGGUUUGGCCUGAACCUGGCCCAAAAGAGACAUUUAUAUACUGUACAUCUAUAUUUAUUGAGAAGAGAAUUUGCUGCUAAAUACAACUACUGUCUAGAAUUCUAACUGGCUCAGUCACUUUAAUGAGUACAUGCAAUGUGUAUAGAUUUUUAAUUCUUUUUUUGAAGUGGUGGUAUUUUUAGUGAUAUAUUUUUUUUUGUCAUUAUUUCCAUUUUCAUACCUAAAAAUCUCCACCCCAGAGCUCCUCCGUGUGUGUGUGUGGGUGAGUAAGGCACACAGACAAACAGAGGGAUGUUUCUGUAGCAACUCAAAAGGGUUUGAUUUUCUGUCUCUGUUGCCACGGUGCUGCUCUCAGCUGCACCCGUCAUUUGUGACCAUUUACUCUGAAGGUUUUUGAGGCCAGCUUCGAUAGAACUGAUAAUUUAAUCCUAACCGGAGGCUAAUAUGAGAGCAGUGCUGCCAAGCUGUGUGCAAAAAGAUCACAGUGUUGUCAGAUGCUGGCAUAUCAUUCCAGGAUAAUGUGGUCUCUGUCGUGACCAAUGAACAAAUGCAGGCGGGGAAAGGCAACGUAGAAUUAUUAGCGAGGGCAUUACAGGAUUAGUUACACCUCCUAAAUUCUUCAGAACAUUUUUAACUACAGUGAACAACAUUCUCAUCCUUUUCCACCUCAAUCUGACACAUUAUCUCUUCCAGUCUGUUACAAAGAGGAGGUGCAAAGCGAGCUCCCAGUGUUGAAAGCUGCCUUUGUGCAUUAUAGGUGUGUUUUUUUUCUUUCUGCCAUUCCCAUCUCCCAACUGUAAAAAUGGAAUCUCUUUUUCUGGAUUGCCUCCAUCAUUGUGUUGCAUGCCUGCUCUGUUGUAUGAGGAAGCACACAGCCACUGAACUCCUAAUUCAGGGAGCACUAGCUAUAGUCCUGCCCCUAGUGAAUACGAUACCGAGUCACAGUCUAUUUAACAGUGUUACAAGAGAUGUUUUGUAUGAUAUUCUUUAACUUUAUUUGUGGAUAAUUGUUAUUGGUGUGGGAUUUCGUUGCAGAUGCCCUCCCAUAUUUGAGCUUUUUUUUUCCAGAGUAAAGAAAAUAAAAUCUAAAGU